CCUCUCUCCUACCAUACCCAGAGUUACCGAUCGACCUCUUCUCAGGAAGAGGCUGUCUGGCUAUCUGGGCGGUACAUGGAAGUAGUAACUGUUUAUCGUAGCCUAUGUAUAUCAACAACCAUCUUUCAUCUUUCAUCCCAAUCAUCUUCAUUUGUGCUCCCCGCUUUCGCCGCCCGUCGGGAGGAUGGUGAAAGCCAGGAGACCAAGGAUCUCAACGCGGUUGGAUUUCACCCCUCCUCGACUCCCCCUUAUCUCAUCUCAUCGCUCUCCCCUCCUUCUAUUUCCUACGCCCCGAUCCCCUUCCCAAACCCUAUCCUUAGCCCAGACCGUGCGCACUAGAACGAACUCCACCCAUGCAGAAGAUCCAAAAGAUAUUUUCAGAGGAACCGAAGAUAAAAAGGCCCUAUUUUCUGUCUCGUGCCGCCAGACCUCCAAAAAAAAGGAGAAAGAAAGAAAGGAACAACUGUCCCAGGGGCAGAACCCUUCCGAAUCGCAGGAUAUGCCUCCCCGCCAUCGAUGCUGGAACACAAAAAAAAAAUCACACGUGCUUGCUUCUUUUCGCUUCCUACCAUGCCUCGCGCGAUCCCCUAGAGGGGCUUCCAGAAAAAUCUACGCCCUACCUAGAAGGCGGAUAUCAUGUCGCUAACUGCAUACAGCGUUUCCAUGCUUGAGUAAAAGUCAAAAAGAUCUACGCCCGAGACGGGCCAUUGCUGUGCUGCUGAUGCAUUUUGCUCCUCGGCCCUACUUCUCCGGAGGCCGCAAACGUCGUAAGAACAGAGGAUCAUAUUAUAUGGUAUACAGAGAAUUCGUCAUCUUGAAAAUGGGUCG